AUGAUCAACGAUCGUUGGCCAACUUUUGAGCGGAAAUUGAAGAAUGGCGGCGAUCUCACAAUCCAGUAUGUGGCAUCAGAAGGCACCAUCUACCAGAUAUUCAACAUGAGUGGGAUAACAGACGACAAGGUGCCACCUUUGGCGGUUUCUCCAGACCUACUCAUACGAAAUCUUGACUUCAUUGACGGCCACAACACAUUCAACGAAGCUACAGAGGAUGAUACAGGUGCUUACUCGUACGGUGUCGCGGGACGCCACCUCAUGCGGCAGCACAGGAUCGGAGAUAAGAGAAUCACCCUCAAAAUCGAGGCACUGGACAAGGAAAUGUCCCUUCAGUUUGUUGAUUCCAUCAAAGAAAAUCCCGUCAGUGAAGGCUCUUCCGACGAGGUGUCCUCUGAUGAAGACGCUUAUUCUGAUGACGAAACUGUCUACGAGGAAUCCUUCUAUGAGGCGUCUUUGGAUGCCGACUCAACCAACAGCGAAUCUGUCAAUCGAUUGGAAGAAUCAACUAUUAGCGCCAAGGAGUCUGUCAAAACCAUUCAGGAGUCUUUCAGCGAGAUCAAUAAGUCUUCUAACGACAUUGGGAAGUCUGUCGAGGAUUCAAAACCCCCUGCUCUGGUGAACUCUGCCAGUCUCGAUAUCAGACACGGUGCUUCUGGAGCUUCUUACCUGAUCCAGAGCAAAUCGACGAUACCCAAAGCAGGAGAAGCAGACAGUGAGGACCAGAAAGCGUACACCAUCAUACUUGUGUACAGGCUCGACGAUUGCACCAUUGCCAACGACGUGGGAGAAUGCAUUCGAAACCACCAAUCGGCUGCUUACUAA